ACAGAUAUCUUCUAUGCAAUAGAUAUUCUUGUUCAAGUUUAUACAUCUGAACAUCGUCUGCGUCUAAUCCACGAAUUUGGAAAGAGGAAGUAUUCUUCUUUAUUGCCAACAAUAGUUAAGAUGGUUUGGCACUCAUAUAUUAUCAUUGACAUUUUAGCUAUCCUUCCCUUCCCACAGGUAUUGAUCUUCAUCUUCUUUUCAAAAAUGAGGAGCUCAAGAUCUUUCAAUGCAAAUAAGUUUAUUAUGAACUUUUUCCUGCUGGUGCAAUAUGUGCCACGAGUUUUUCGCAUCUACUUAUCGUGUAAAGAACCUAAAAGAUCUGCCGAUGGAGAGAGUACUGCAAUAUGGGUUAAAGGUCUCCUCAAUUUGUUCAUGUAUAUCCUCGCUAGCAACGUACUUGGAGCCGUAUGGUACUGUUUUGCUAUUCAAAGGAUGUUAGUUUGCUGGCAACAUGCUUGUCAAAUUGUAAAUGGAUGCGACAUUAGUACUUUUAGCUGCCAUGAACAUCAUUCAUUUACAAAUAUCACAUUUCUAAAUAGUUUAUGCCCUAUAGAUACGCCAGACUCGAAGCUCUUCGAUUUUGGCAUAUUUCUUGGUAUCCUCCAAUCUGGUAUACCUAAAUCAACAAAUUCUCUCCUGAAGUUGACGAACUGCUUCUGUUGGGGCCUGCGAAAUUUGAGUUCUCUUGGUUCAAACCUUCAGCCAAGUACGAAUAUAUGGGAAAACAUUUUUGUGGUCUUUACUUCUGUAAUUGGCUUGCUACUCUUUAUAUAUCUCAUAGGAAAUUUGCAGACAUAUAUGCAAUUGGAGACUGCAACAAAAGAAUCACAUAGACACGAGAGGAACAAGAAGAGAAAGAGGGAUCUGAUAGGUCAAGAGAUAGAAUUGUGGCUAUCGAAAUCUUUGGUGCCUAUGAGAUCGAGGGAUAAUAUAAAGUCGCAAAUCCUAGAAAGAGUACAAGAAGAACUUGAUGACAACCGCAAUAUCAGUGGUCUGGAUUAUAUUCUCUCUACUCUUCCCUUGCCACUUCGAAUGUAUAUUAAAGAUUGCUCGCCUUUGAAUAGGCUGAAGAAGGUGCCAGUGCUUCAAGACAUGGAUGAAGAAGGGUUGAAGGCAAUAUGUGAGCAUCUUGAGCCUAUGAAGUAUACAGACGAUAUCAUUAUUGAAGAGGGCGAACCACUUCAACUGAUGCUCAUUAUUGUAGAGGGAGUUGUAAAGAUUGAAAAGAGCAUAUGUUUUAGUAAUUUGCAACGAGGUGCCGGGGAAUUAUGUGGAGAGGAACUUCUAUCUUGGCCAGCAUUGAUCUCAUUUCCUGAUAUACCCUCAGCAACUGAGUCUGCUAAGGCAAUAGGUGAUGUUGAAGCCCUUGUUUUAAUGGCCAGUGAUAUGGAAAGUGUAGGGAGUAAGUUCUCAAGGCACUUCCAAGAGUACAGCAACUCUAGAGGUCGACUGCAUAUUCAUCUACAAAAUGUUGGGGCAGCAAUCUUUACUGAAAAGGACCUCAAGAAUGCUACAAAUAACUACCAUGUAAGUCGAGUACUUGGUGAAGGAGGCUCUGCAACAGUUUACAAAGGAAUACAACUAGAUAAUUCAGUGGUUGCCGUAAAGAAGAUCAAAAGUUUACUUGGAACAUUAGGAGUUAAUCUUGUUACAACGGAGAUGAUUGCUCUUGGUUAUAUCAACCACAAAAAUGUGGUGAGACUCAUAGGAUGUUGUUUGGAGACCAAACCUCCUUUACUGGUGUUGGAGGGCAUCACAAAUGGCAGUCUGUACGAGCACAUUUAUAAAACAAACGGCAAAGGAUCACCGCCACUGACAUGGGAGUUGCGAAUAAAAGUAGCAGUGGAUAUAGCAAGAGCACUAGCAUACUUACAUUCCGCCACACCAAUGAUCAUACAUCGAGAUGUGAAUUCAGCAAAUAUACUAAUAGAUGAGAAUCACACAGCAAAACUGAUAGACUUUGAACUUGCAAGAUUGGUUGCUGAAGACCGAGAUCCUAUUUUUACUUUAAUAAGAGGGACACUGGGAUACAUGGACCCUGAAUAUGUUCACUCGAACACACUAACGGCAAAGAGUGAUGUGUAUAGCUUUGGAAUUGUGCUUAUGGAGCUACUAACGAGCAGAAAACCAGUGUCUCUUGAUAGGCCCCAAGGAGAGAGACACCUAGCAGAUAUCUUUGUUGCUUUAGUAGACGAGGGUCGCGUGGGUCGUAUACUUGAUCAUAAAGUAGUCAGUGGCGGACAUUUUAAGACAGCUAUAAUAGUGGCGGGCAUUGCAGAAAGAUGUGCACGGUUUAGAAGAGAGGAAAGGCCUUCCAUGGAAGAAGUAGCCACUGAGCUGGAGGUACUGAUGGGAAUUUGAUCACUAAAAAGGACAAUUGUACACUUUUGGUUGAAUGAGGAACCACAUUUCUCAUUCCGUUGUGUCUUUGGGUGUAUGUUACAUUCAUUUGGGUUUGAAUUUGGUAGAAAUGUAUCGUCAAUAAUAGCAUAUAGUCAAUAAUACAUUACAAAACUGAGAAUCACUUUGGAGCUGAACUUAGAGUUUAGAUUGAU